UGCUGAACAGGCAGUGACCUCACGGCGCCAUAUUAAAAUGCUCCCUCCUCUUUGCCUGUGAGAUCGUAGCUUAGCAGCAGCAGCUAGCCGCCAGUCUGCUUUUUACAUCCACUGACAGAGGGCAACGGCGUGAUGGAGAUCGACUCGCUUCAAGAGGCGCUCCGAGAUUUCGAUAAGAAAGCAAAGACGGAGGCAUCUCCUCUUCUGGAGCAGUUUCUAUGUCAUAUUGCCAAGACAGGAGAGACCUUGGUCCAAUGGUCUCAAUUCAAGAACUACUUCCUGUUUAAAUUGGAGAAUGUGAUGGAUGACUUCAGAGCCUCGGCACCUGAGCAAAGAGGUCCUGCAAAUCCCAACGUCGAGUCAAUUCCAUUCGAAGAUAUGAAGGAGAGAAUCCUGAAAAUUGUCAAGGGAUACAAUGGAAUUCCAUUUACGAUCCAGCGCUUGUGCGAGCUGCUCACAGAACCCAAGAGGAACUACACAGGAACAGAUAAGUUUCUCCGGGGAGUAGAGAAGAAUGUAAUGGUGGUAAGCUGUGUUCACCCAACCUCAGAGAAAAAUGGUUGCAGCGCUCUCAACAGAAUGAAUGGAGUGAUGCUUCCUGGGAACACAUCUGCUUUUACAGAGAGGAAAGUGAACGGUCCUGGAACUCCCCGGCCGCUGAACCGACCAAAGCUGUCUCUGGCCCACUCACUAUCAGCUAACGGCCUGCCAGACAGCACAGACAACAAAGACCUCAACACAGAGCACGAAGACGACAAAGACUCCAGUGAGGUUUCAGCGUCGGGCGCUUCCCUGGGAAGCUCGGUGAAGAACAAACACCCAGAAGAAGCGGAGGAGGACAUGGAGGCCGAGCAACAGGAAGUGAAAAGACUUAAGUUCAGCAAGGACGACGAGGAAGAGGAUGAUGAGGAGGACGAAGAGGACGAGCAGGAGGCAGACACACUGAGGCCUUUACACGCCACCUGCCAAUCGAAAGAGGCAGAAGCCAUGGUGCAGGAGGAGGACGAAGAGGAGAAGGCCGGGUACAGGAAGGACAAUGAAGCUUCCAGCAGUGCUGCUCCUCCAGAGGACCAAGAACCGAGCAGCAGCACGCAGACCGAGGCGUGUUCCGGCUCCGGUGCGGAGGCCGAGCAGGCCGAGAGGGAGGUGCCGUGCGGCUCCCAGGAGGAGGGUAACGACAUGGAUCAGACGGAGCAGCAAGCCCCGGCCUGCGUCCUGGAGAGCCAGGAGACCAGCAGGGACGGCGAGGAGAGCAGCAGCGACCCGGUGAGCAGCAGCAGCAGCAGCGGGAGCAGCAGCUGUAGCAUAGAGGAGAGCGCAGACGCCGCCAGAGAAGACGUCGCCCCCUCCAGCAGUACGUCUGAACCCCCUACAGAGGGCGCCAUGGAAAGUGCCACCUUGAACACUGGGACCACAGAAGAGCCCAUGGAGCAGGACUAAACUGAACCCCCCUCCCCAAAUCCCCCUGCUCCCUGCAGCCAUGUGUGACCAUAAACCAGCUUGUCCUUGAAUCCAGCUUGACUGUCACUGGGAACGAGGAUAACUGCAACUCGUACAGACAAAACGCCUCGCCCCGCUUUUCUUUUUGGACACUCCUCCAAAAAAAUACCCGGCAUUGAUGUGGGCAUACACAUACAUUAUUUUUUUUCAUUUGAAGUUUUAUUUCUUAACUGGAAUAUUUUAUUGAUCUGCUUUUAAGUUGUCCUUAAAAAGAGGUUUGUUUUCUGCAGCCUUCAGAUUCUUGGCUGGAUUCUUCCUCCUUUUUUUUUGUGUUCAGAAGUGGUCUGAUUCUUUUCUAAUAAUGCCACUGGACAUUGACAGGAUUUGUAGUCUACGUUUUGUACCCUUUAAGCCCGGUCUACCACUACCAGGGUCAGAACAGCCAUACCAGCCCCUGGUUAUUUAUAAAAACGAGCUACCGCCACCAUUUCUUUUCCUGACUGAAGCUCAUGUAAAAAUUUUAUUUGAAGGUAAACCACCCCCCCCCCCCCCACCCCACCCCCACCCCAGCAUCACUCAUUACUCCACCAAUUUCCACCAAGGAUGUUGACAACAUGCAUUGUUUUAAAAAUGAUUUCUACAUCCUUAUAAAGAUGUUUUUUUUUCCAUUGUGUCCUAUUAUUUUUACCUUUCUCCUGUUUUGUUAUUUGCAAUGAUACACUACCAGUCCAACUCACAAUACAACGACCAUGCUACAAGGCAUCUCCUGUAAAAGUAUAUAUUUUGGAUGCAUAAAAACCCACCAUAAUUUAUAAAAAGCAUAAUUUCAGUUAAUUUUCAGAGUACGUUUUUGUUUGGUCUGCCGGUUGUAGUUUACAAAAACCAGCUGUAAGUACAAAGAGGACUUCCGCUUCCUUUGUAUCGUGAUGUCACCAUGUUGUUUCACCGACCGAUAUCCAGAGCAGUUUCUGGUUCCAGUUCUACACCUGUUUUCUGCAGCUGUACUUUUUGAUAUUUAGAAUUUUAAAUUUCUGUAAAGUAGAUUUUUGUAGAUUGUAAUACGGUAUGUGUUCACUGCCUUUGUGAAACCAUAUAUAAUUGUAAAAUUUCUGUGUAUACUCUGAAUGCUUUUGCUUUCAGGGCAGUAUUCAGAAGAGAGCAAUAAAUGUUAACAUUUUUA